GUAAGUGAGCAGCAAGAGUUUGCUGGUUUUCAUUUUUGUCAGAGCGUUAUUAUACAACGAGACUGCUCAAGAAGAUGCAGGUUUGUUAACUCAAACUCAGAAAAGAUCAGCGUCUGGUUUGGGAAUCUGUUGUGACUCAGGGUUAAAUUAAGAAAACGUCACCGCAGUCUCUCCCUCCUUGUGUUGUCUGACUUUACAAGUGACACUCUGGAACUAUAACAAGGGCCAAGCACUAGCAGAGACAUUGAAGUGAAAGCUCCCUUGUGUCUGUGCUUGGAUGUGAUGGCAGAUCUCCCAUCUGGACUGCUGGAGGCCUGCGUAGUGGUUGGGGCCCCCGCUGAUAAGCUUCGAGAUAUAUACCAGAUUCAUCAGCAGAGUAAAUUAAGUGAACACCCCCUGCUGGAUGCGGAGGUACUGCAGGUCCAUGCACCUCCCUUUGUUUCCAAGGAGACCAACUCCAGCCAGGCGAUUGGUCCAGCUUUCAGCCGUGUCCAGAGGAGGAGGAGCUUCAUCAAGAAGAAGAGGCGAGAUCGCGCUGCAGAGUCGUUAUCUAACGGAGAUACAGCCAAUCGUGCUGAAGUGUCAUCAGCGACAGAGGACAUCAGUGUUCCAAAAGAUCUGGACCUCAUUGCCUUGCCGCAGCUUUGUUUCCCUGGUGGUCUUCAGUUAGCCAAUGAGCAGAAGGAAGACAGUUACCACUUCCUGGUUUUUACCGACUUGUUCGGGAACCGGACCCAUGGAGUUGUUGUGCAAUACUACAGAGCUGUGCAGUCCUGUCAGGAAGGUGUUGUCCAGAAUGGCCACAGAUGGAAUUCAUCAAAGAGCCGUCUCUACGCACCCUUCGCUGUGUGUAUCAUCUCCAAGUUCCCCUACUACAAUGCUCUGAGGGAAUGCUUGUCAUGUCUCCUCGUCCAGAUAAGGCCUGCAAGACAAGCCGACAUCGAGGAGACUAUCAAGGAGUUUUCAGCCAAGCUGUCACUGGUCCCUUUACCACCUCCUGGACAGCUACACGUGUCCUUCAGCCUCCGUCCUCUUCAGGUGGUUCUUCCAUCCCGGGAUGAUCAGGACAGCCCAGUUAUCGACAUCAAUCUGCACCUACCUUUCCUCUGCUUCACGCACACAACACUCCUCCAGGUGCUGUCCUGCCUUCUCCAAGAACAGAGGCUGGUCCUCUUCUCCUCUGACUGGGCUAGACUCACUCUGGUUGCAGAGAGUCUUCUGUUGUACCUGCAGCCUCUCUCCUGGCAGCAGCCCUAUGUUCCCGUCUUGUCCAGAGGAAUGUUGGACUUCCUCAUGGCCCCUACUGCCUUCCUGAUGGGCUGUCACAUUAGUCACUUUGAAGAGGUUGCUGCUGAGACAGAGGACCUGAUCCUGGUGAACAUCGACGAUGGCAUCAUCCAGUCAUCGUGGUCUGAAAGCAUCAACCUGCCAGCUGUUCCUCUGGCUGCAGCUGAGAGCUUUAUGUCAAGGGCAGAGUGUCUCCAGCUUCAUUACGACUUGGAACUGUGUCACCUCGGGGUGGGAACCGAUGCCAAUGCCCUGCGGUGCCAACGCAGAGACUGGCAGAGACGACUGAACACACAGAUACAAAACAUCACCCUGGAGCUCGUGGUGAACAUUUUCAGAGGCGUCCAGGACUUUUUAAACCACGAACACAGAGUUUUUAACAGCGAGGAGUUUCUAAGGACCAGGGAACCAGCAGACCAGUGCUUUUACAAGGAGGUAUUAGAUACUCAUAUCUUCCACUCAUUCCUGCGAGACAGGCUGAACAGGAAACGGGACACCUUCAGCCGCAUGGAGCAGAACAUGCGUAACAAUGGUCUCAGGAAUGGUGCAAUGACAGAGUUUCCUCGCCGCCCUCCAAUGUCAGAACUGUCCAGGACGGGCUACAGCAGCUGCGCCAGCCCCAGUGACAGACUGAGCAAAAGGCUGGGAGCCAGCCUCCCCAACCUGGAGCAGCCCGCCUCCGACGCUACGACUGGCAUCAGCAUCAGCAGGCCAGCCUCCCUCCGAAAGAUGACGCCUGACAUCGGGUUGAAGUUUCCUCAGAAAGCGGUGAAGGUUUUCCGUCUCCCAGAGUUCCCCCCUCCUUUGGCCUAUCAUUAUGUACAGAACUAUUAUUCUGACAUGGUGGCUUCAUUGGGGAAGGCUAUUAACGGGACUCCGCCUGAGGAGUCUGCUCUUCUGGCCAGGUACCACUACCUGCGUGGUUUGGUGAACACUGUGUCCAACCGGCGUCUGGAUGCAUUGGAGGACUUCCAGAGUCUCUAUAAGACAGACUCGGAUAUCUUCCCCUUGCAGAUGGUCAAGUCGUUGGUCGACUCCCUGCCGGAAGGUGAACGGAUACAGGCAGACAGACGUCCAGAGCUCAAGCGGCUCAUCUCCCGGGUGAAGAGGGACCAGGAGCGGGAACGCGCACGCCACGGCAACGGGCAGGAGGAAGGCGCCGUGAAGCGAUUCCAGCUGCCGAAGAAAUACAUGCAGCAGGAGGAGUUUGUGAAAUGUGUCCAGGAGUCUGGAAUUGUGAAAGACCAAGGGACCAUACACAGACUCUUCGAUGCUCUAACUGUUGGUCAUCAGAAGCAGAUUGGUCCAGAGUUGUUCAGAGUGUUUUACACAAUCUGGAAGGAGACAGAGGCUGAGGCGCAGGAGGUGUGUUUGCCUGCGUCUGUGCUGGAACACAUUGAACCCAGUGAGUGCGUCUUCAAGCUCUCCUCCUCGGUCAAGACGAGCCGCGGCGUGGGGAAGAUCGCCAUGACUCAGCGGCGGCUCUUCCUGCUGACCGAUGGACGCCCGGGAUACGUGGAGGUGGCCCAGUACCGAGAUCUAGAGGAGGUGAAGGUGUCCUCUGCUCCAUUCCUGCUCCUGCGAAUCCCCAGCCUGAAGCUGCGCAUUCGGGGCAGGAAGGAGUCGUUCGAAGCCAAUCUGAAAACCGAGACCGAGCUCUGGAACCUGAUGGUCAAAGAGAUGUGGGCCGGACGCAACAUGGCUGACCAGCACAAGGACCCGCAGUACAUGCAACAGGCUCUGACUAAUGCCUUGCUGAUGGAUGCGGCAGUGGGCAGCCUUCAGAGCAGUAAAGCUAUCUACGCUGCUUCUAAGCUGGCUCACUUUGACCGAAUCAAGAUGGAAGUUCCGAUGAUGGUUCCCAAGACAACUGCAGAAACACUGAAGCACAAAAUUAACCCUUCUCUUGAACUCGCUGCACCCCAGCCUGUGGAUGUACUUCUAUACACACCAGGUCAAUUGUGGGUGGCUGUGAGCGGAGGGAAGGUGAUGGUAUUCGAUGCCUCCAGCUGGUCCCUCACACACACCUGUCAUGUCGGCAAUGCAAGACUGAACUGCAUGCUGGGAGUUGAUAAGGAUCAGGUCUGGAUGGGCUCUGAGGACUCGGUUAUCUACAUCAUCAGCAUGGUGGCCAUGGUGUGUAACAGACAGCUGACUGAACACAGGGCGGAGGUCACCGGACUGGCGCUCGACACAGACAAAUACAGCCAGAAGGUGGCGUACUCCUGCAGUGCUGAGGGAACGGUGAUGGUGUGGGACGUGUCGACACUACAGGUGAAGAGGCACUUUCGCCUCUCCAGUGAUCGCCUGCUGUCUGUCUGCAUCUGGAACGGCACGCUGUGGUGCUGCUCCAGGGACAGUCUCAUGGAGGUGUGGAGGAAUGGUUCGUUGAAGCAUCGCCUGAAUCUUCCAGAGCAACAAAAAGGAUCCACAGCUACAUUCAGCUCCGUGCUGCUGUUACCUGAGAGGGAGGAGCUGUGGAGUGUCUGUGUGGACUCAGGGGAAGUGUGCAUCUGGUAUACUAAGGACCCCACCAAACCGUUCCACCGCGUGGCGCUACAGGACUGCUCUGGAUGUAACUGCAUUAUUAAAGUCAAAAAUCAGGUGUGGGUGGGCGGCGUGGGCCGCAGCUCUACCAAAGGCAAGAUUUACAUCCUGGACGCAGAGCGCCACCAGGUGCUGAAGGAGCUUCACGGCCACAACGACAAGGUGACGGCGCUCUGCUCCGCCGAGGAUCGGUACAUCCUCAGCGGCGGUGGCAAACUUGACGGAAAGAUCGCAAUCUGGAAGGUGGAGUAGAGGGUUUACUGACUGCCAAUGGACAGAGUAACUCUGCUUGAAUCUAUUCCAGGACGUCAUGUGACUCGUUUAAAGGAGCCAGGGUUUUUAGAGCUGGUGAGGGUGAAAAACAGAGUGAAGAUCUGUGUGUUUUGGAAGAGCAAAAUUCACAACCUCGACCUGCCACUGCGUGACGGAGAUGUGAAGGAAUCACUUGUCAGUCAUGUUAAACAACAAGUUUACACAAAGUGUCACCAGCUGAGCAGCGUCUCCUGCCUGCUAUGAACUGGUGAGACACAGUUUGAAAAACUGACAGCCUGGACACAUUAUCUUUAAGGAAUAUGAAGGACGAAAGAAGACUGAAAAAAAAACUGAUGGAUUUAUUUUAAUCCAAAGUGCUUCACUUUACUGAAGAUUUAUACUUUUUUUUUUGUAUUUAUAUUAUAGUCACACCAUAUAUUAUGUAGUGGUGUACCCCUUUGUUUUAAAUGCAAUCACAAUAGUGUUAUGUGGGAACACCAUGUGACUGAGCCUCGCCUCCAGCUGUGUGAUUUGAGGUAAAUUUCAACAGCUCAAGCUUCCCUGAAAAUAAAAACUCCUGACACUGGAGAGUUCACCGUCGCUGCGGGAAGUUUAUUUGGAUGGAAGUUAUCCUUUAAGGGAAAACAUACAGUGGAGCAGGGUGAUGGGAAAUAUGGUGAAAGAAGAUACAGAGUUGGGAGUCGGACUCGUGACAUAACACUAACAUGUGAUGUACAGCGAGGUGUGUUUUAGAGAAAGUCAAGAACAUCCUGCAAAAACUGAAGGACUAACCUUACUGUUAAAGUUUCUACAAUUGUAUUUAUUUAUUUUCUUUACAAGCACAGUUUUAGCUGCUCCGACAAGGAGAUAAUGCACAAACUCGCAGAGGAUGUGAAGGUCUUUGUCAUGAAAAUUAGCCACGUCCAUGUUCCUGAUGCAUAUUAAAACUAUUUAUAAUUUUGAGGAAAAAGACAAGCCAUAAAAUGCCUUUAAUGCAUGUUAAAUAUGUAUUUAUAGUCUGCAGACAUUAGUGUUAUUUACAGUGUUAGUGUUAUUUGUGUUGACAAAGUGAAACCAGACAGACUGAUGUUAUUGAUUCUUCACAUAUGGAGAACAUUUUUUUUUUUAACUUUUACUUUUUCCAGUCCUGUUACAGCGUUUAGCCUCCGAACAGUCAGAGAUAUGAAAAAAGUGCAAAUAUGGUUUACAUUUUUAUCCAGUCAUUACCAGUGGGAUCUAUACAGUAAAAUGUACAUUUAGAGAAACAAUGUCACCUGAGGUUCAAUCUCAUUCAUCCUUUACUAUUAAUUCUGCACAGUGUAUAUAACUGGUUAACAUGAAUGUGAUUUAUAUUUCUUUUGUAAACUAAACUGUCUAUGCAAUGACUUUUUUUUUUCCAACGAAAUUUUUGUCAAAUUACAUGAAACUGCACAAUGUGUCAUUUCCAAGACUGUUAACCAGAUUUUUUUUAACCAACAGUGAACAAAUCCAAUACACUUUUUGAAGGAA